CUUGUUCUCAACCAUCAUUGCGCGACUUGCAAUGGCUUUCCCGUUCACUGCCCUCUCGCCCUUCGCUAUUCUUCCCGCGGACCUACACAUCCUGGUCAUGUCCUUCCUGACCCCACGCGAUAUCAUCGCGGUCCGGCUCACCUGCAAGGGAAUGGUGAACGUAACACGCACGCGCACCGUAUGGCUCGACGCUCUCAAACGUGUCUGCCUCUCGCAUGCCAUCCCCUUCGUCACCCAUAACUUCCCGAGCAUGACUACGGCCGAACUGGAGUACGCUGCCACCAUGCCGGACCGCUUCCGCUACGCUGGGCGCGGGAAGAAGAGCUUGCGCUACCACAUUCUACGACCGGUGAAGGAGCGGUGCAUCCCCAUACGAACAGCGGACUUUGGCCCAGAAGGAUGGGAGGUGGACGAGCUAGAGAGCCUCGCCAUCGUGCCCGGCGGUCGCUUCGUACUUGCGCGAACUCUGGACACGCUUCUCGUAUGGGACUUGUGCUCCGACUCCAUCAAGCCUUGUCUUGCGAGGUAUGGCGUAAUUGAAGAUGCCUUUGAUGGCAGAUUCGCGUGGAAAGACGCCUAUAUGAGCUGCUCUGACCUGUGGUACGAUCCUGCUAAUUCGAAGAUGAGAUUCGUCCUGGAUGCGUAUAAUAACGGUCUACCAAACGACUCCGAAUACUCAUGUGGUUCCAUCGCAUACGAGCUCGAUCUAUCAUCAAAUCCACCUCAGCUGAACAUGUUGAACUACUUAUGGGGAUCCAGCACAUUAUCCUUCGCCGGACGUAGCGGCAACCGCGUGAUCUACAACGGAGGAUUGAUCGACAAAAUUGGUAUCUGGGACUUCGAGCACAACACCGCUGUUGCAUGGCAAGAUACGUCCCAAAUGCCACCCGUUGCGACAGAGUACCAUGUCAUCGAGAAUGACUGGAAAUCACGCUUGAAAGCCUACGAGAUUGCGCCUUUCGUGCCGGUUGUGGACCACAGAAUGCCGGCGACAACGCAGAUUCGUCUGGUUCAGGAGGUGACACUCGCCGACUUCGACCCCGACACUCUCGUGAAGUGCAGAGGCACGGAAUACAUCAACGCAGCAUCGGCCAACGACUUCACUGUCUUGAACGCCUCCAUCUUAAAGAGACUGGACGAAUACACCGAGGUCGUGACCGACUUCGUGCAUCUCUACGUCCACUCGACGCCAGGUGAUACGCCUAUUGGGAAGCCGACGAGGAUAGCGCAGACCAAGGAGAUCGAGCGCUCGACGGCGCCGAAGCAGAGCGACGACCGAGUGACGGUGAUCAGCCAGCACGGCGACCCCAAGCGAGGAGAGAUGCUGGUGCACUUUACGACGAUUGGGCGCGAGGAGGAGCAGCAAACGGUGUACCUUGGGCCGAAGAAGGGCAGGUUUUUUGCCAAACCCAAGGACUGGCUGGAUGGGGGAGGGGAGUAUGAUUUCUGCCCAGCGACGGGUAGGCUAUGCGUCGGGAGGGUCGACAAAAAUAUGCUGUACAUAUACGACUUCAUACCGAUGCCCGCGCAAGGUGGUCGCAGUUGAUUUCGAGUCGUUGAAGCACUUGUGACCCUGCUCUUCCUAUGUAUCGCUCCGCCCGACGAAUAUUUCGGCG